CUCACCCAGUUGACAGCUUCUCUCCCACUCUUCUCGGUAACUCGUCGGUUGUGUCAGAGUUCAGAGGUCACUCAGAGGUCGUGUUGAUGCUUUUCCGCCUCACACAGAUUUAGCGAGAGAUGUGAUGGCCUUCCUGCGGUUGUUCAUGCGGCGACAGUUGCCGAUGGCAGCGUUUCAGUUGUCCCGCGUCGGGAAGCUACUACUCCGGCCUCCGAGUGGAGGGCUACACGGCACCGCGCGGUGGCGGAUCGGGGACAAGGGACCGUGGGGGAAGAGUCAGAGCCGGGGACCGGAGCAGCCGCAGCAGUACCAGCACCAGCAGCUGACAGAUCUAGACAGAGCGGACGCUUUGAUACUGAGAAAAUCUCACGAAACAGGUUUCCUCUCUUGGUUCAGAAACGGUCUGCUAGCGACUGGAAUCGGCGUCCUCGCCUUCGUCCAGAGCGAAAUGGGACGAGAAGCAGCAUACGUGUUUUUCACCCUGGGUGGAGCCUGCGUGUCGUUAGGAGCCGCCACCUACAUCGGCAGCCUCGUCACCCUGCGCAGGCUGAUGCUGCUGUCCGUGCCCGCCGUGCUCUUCCACGGCGCCAUGGUGGGAAGCGUCGCCCUCUUCUGGCUGUGCGCCGUAUCGCUCUACAUAGGCAGCCUGGAGGUGAAGAUAGUCUUUGAGGACGAGGACGAAGAGGAGUGCCAGGAGUGUCGGGAGAGGCGCGGGCACAGGGUGCACCGUGGCACCGAGGACGAGGACGGCAAGGGGGGCCACAAGUAGAGGUCUUCCUCUGUGCGUGUGUGUGUGUGUGUCUACAUGAUGAAUGAAAAUGUGGGCGUCAUGUGGGCCAAAGCCAACUAUGGACUUGAACCACAAGGCCACUUUUCCAGCACCCAUCAUGACCAUGGACGCUCACCAGCCACAACAUUAGGUACACCUGCACACUCUUAAAAAAGGCAAAUAUUUGACACCGUCAUCAGUAUGAAAGACUGCAAUUGUACACCAUUGAAAACCAGAGUAGUACACAACACCCGUCUAAGCAGUCGUCCCUUCGAGUGAGUGGAAUGUUGUUUACCUGAAAUAUACAUUGUGAGUGCAUUAACUUGAUGCAUGGUUUUUGUUGUUGUUGUAUUUUAAAUGUAAUUCAACAAGGGCUUGCAGCUUUGACAGCAGUGUAAGCUUUUUAUUUUGAAAAUAUUUUUGGCAAGUUGCCUUUUGUUGUACAGUAGUUCCAUUGUAAAGUCAGCGUUUUUACUUGUGGGUGUGUGUCACAUCACACGUUCCAGAUGGGAGGUUGUUUGUACAUGGCGGUGGUGUGUCGUUGUAUUUCUUCACUUACUGCUUUGUGUUUGUGUCAUCAAGUGAAACCAAAUAGAAAACAUUACCAACGU